GAGACUCCCCCCCCCGAGCUGCAGGGUGGAGGAAGGGGCUUGCGGCCAGCCCGUCCCUCCUGCCACGCCUGGAGCUGCUUCCAACCACCUGCAUCAGCCCUCACGCACCUGCCGCACUCCUGCUCGUGUUGGUCGUUCCUGUGCCAGCGGGCACGGCGAGCCUGGAACCUGCUGCCUCUGCAGCUCUGGCUGUGAGGAAGCUCCCCCCGGGACGUGCUUUAGAGGGCAUAGUUCUUAAGUGUGUUUUAAGUGAGCUGGAGACACGAAAAGACAUGUCUGCAGGUCGUCGUCGUCGCCUUCGCCUUGGAGGUGUCCGUGGGGAAGACCAACACAGUGAUGGCUCUGAACAGCUCCAAUGUCCUGCUGCCCUGCACCUUCACCACCUGCAUUGGCUUCCAGGACCUGGUUUUCACCUGGUAUUUCAACUCCACAGAGCUGAUUUACCAAGGCAAGAUCAAGAGCAAAACCUCUGAGCCCACGGUGGUGAGCAGCAACCCACGGGUGGAGUUUGUGGGCUCCACCACGGGGAAGGACAACAACAUCUCCAUCGUGCUGAACAGUGUGGAGUUCAGUGAUGCUGGCAAGUACACCUGCCACGUCAAGAACCCCAAGGAGAAGAACGCCCAGCACAACGCCACCAUCUUCCUCACCGUGGUCCAGAAGAUGGUGGAGACAGACAACACUGUGACCCUCAUCAUCGUGGGCGUGGUGGGGGGGCUCAUCGGCCUCCUCAUCCUCUUCAUGCUCAUCAAGAGGGUUGUGCUCUUCAUCAUCAAGAAGACCCAGGAUGGGAAGAAGGAAUGUCUGGUGAGCUCGUCGGGGAACGACAACACCGAGAACGGCUUGGCCGGCUCCAAGGCAGAGCAAAAAGCACCACCGAAGGCAUGAAGCAGUGGCACCCCCUGCCCGCGCCCGCCCGGCGGCGGGGGAGGCUGGGCCGGGGCACAAACCUUGCCCUUUUCUUUUCUUUCUGGACUGCCGACGCUUGAGACAUGUUCCUGACACACGUGCCUGCAACCUGCACUGCUUCUGGGGACGGGCUUCGGCUGCCGCGGGGGCUGGGAGCUGCUGGUGGGCUCGGACCGGGACGCUGCUGGCGCAGGGGGAGCUGCCUGCUCCGCUCUGAGCCAGGGCAGGAGGUGCUGGGCGGGCAGGAAGGGUGCUGGGCGCCGGGGGGCGCCCCGGUCUGCAGCCAGGUGGGUGCUGUGCCGCGUGUGCGAUGCUCCCGGGGGGGUGGUCUGGGGGUCAGAGGCUGUGAGGAGCUUGGGGAAUCCUGUCUGGCUUUGGCGGUGCUGAGCUGGGGCGGGCGGGGGCUGCCUGUCUGCUG